AUGAUGGCGUAUAUGAACCCGGGGCCCCACUACUCGGUCAAUGCCUUGGCCCUGAGUGGUCCCAGUGUGGAUCUGAUGCACCAAGCUGUGUCCUACCCAAGCGCCCCCAGAAAGCAGCGGCGGGAGCGGACCACCUUCACCCGGAGCCAGCUGGAGGAGCUGGAGGCCCUGUUUGCCAAGACUCAGUACCCGGAUGUGUAUGCUCGCGAGGAGGUGGCUCUGAAGAUCAACCUGCCCGAGUCCCGGGUUCAGGUUUGGUUCAAGAACCGCAGGGCCAAAUGCCGCCAGCAGCGUCAGCAACAGAAGCAGCAGCCGCAGCCCCCUGGGGCACAAACCAAGGCUCGUCCGGCCAAGCGGAAGGCAGGCAUGUCGCCAAGAUCCUCCUCGGACGUCUGUCCAGAUCCCCUGGGCAUCUCAGACUCCUACAGCCCCCCUCUCCCCGGCCCCUCGGUCUCCCCCACCUCGGCCGUGGCCACGGUGUCCAUCUGGAGUCCCGCCUCGGAGUCCCCUCUGCCCGAGGCCCAGCGGGCGGGGCUGGUGGCGGCCGGGCCCCCUCUGACCUCCGCGCCCUACGCCAUGACCUACACCCCCGCCUCUGCUUUCUGCUCUUCCCCCUCGGCCUACGGGUCUCCGAGCUCCUAUUUCAGUGGCCUGGAUCCCUAUCUUUCCCCCAUGGUGCCCCAGCUGGGGGGCCCGGCCCUCAGCCCCCUCUCCGGCCCCUCCGUGGGCCCCUCCCUGGCCCAGUCCCCCACCUCCCUGUCGGGCCAGAGCUACGGUCCCUACAGCCCCGUGGACAGCUUGGAAUUCAGGGACCCCACAGGCACCUGGAAAUUCACCUACAACCCCACGGACCCCUUGGACUACAAGGAUCAGAGUGCCUGGAAGUUUCAGAUCUUGUAG